CUCGUUUCUCGAUCCUUCAUCAAUAGCCCAUUAAAUCAUCUUUUUGUUUCUUAUUGUUUUAUCUUCAUUCCCUCUUUUUUCUAUUCCUUUUUUUGUAUUCAUCAUCUUGAUUUAUUUCUAUAUUUUUGUAAGCCUUUGACCACUAUUGAACUCCUCUCCGUUUUAAAUUACGAUGGCCACCAAUCAACAACAACAUAUGGCCCACGAAAAUGAUAGCUGGAAGAAGCAGUUGAGCCUUCCAGCAAAAGAUGACCGGCCCCAGACAGAGGACGUCACUGCAACUAAAGGCAACGAGUUCGAGGACUACUUUUUGAAACGUGAACUGUUAAUGGGUAUCUUCGAGGCUGGCUUUGAGCGCCCAUCACCCAUCCAAGAAGAGUCUAUACCAAUUGCUCUCGCUGGGAGAGAUAUUCUCGCUAGAGCUAAAAACGGAACUGGGAAGACUGCCGCCUUUGUGAUUCCCUCCCUCGAAAAAAUUAACCUCAAGAAGAACAAAGUCCAGGCUCUACUCCUGGUUCCUACCCGCGAAUUGGCUCUCCAGACAGCCCAGGUCUGCAAGACAUUGGGCAAGCAUAUGGGCGUUCAAGUCAUGGUCACGACAGGAGGCACGACCCUUAAAGAUGAUAUCAUGCGUCUUGGUGAAACUGUUCAUAUUAUUGUCGGCACGCCUGGCCGUAUCCUUGAUCUCGCUGGCAAAGGAGUGGCCAACUUCAGCGAGUGCACAACCUUCGUCAUGGAUGAAGCAGAUAAACUUCUUAGCCCUGAGUUUACGCCAAUUGUUGAACAAUUGCUCACAUACUUCCCCAAAGAUCGUCAAAUCAUGUUGUACAGUGCCACCUUCCCCAUGAUUGUCAAGACAUUCAAAGACAAGCAUAUGGUCAAACCUUACGAAAUCAACUUAAUGGACGAACUCACUCUUCGUGGUGUCACACAGUACUAUGCUUUUGUGGAGGAACGCCAGAAGGUUCAUUGUCUUAACACUCUAUUCUCCAAGCUUCAAAUCAACCAGUCUAUCAUUUUCUGUAAUUCGACCAACCGCGUGGAACUUUUGGCCAAAAAAAUUACUGAGCUUGGAUACUCUUGCUUCUACUCGCAUGCAAAGAUGCUUCAAUCACACCGUAACCGAGUAUUCCAUGAUUUUAGAAACGGAGUUUGCCGCAAUCUGGUUUGUUCGGAUCUCUUAACUCGUGGUAUCGAUAUCCAGGCGGUCAAUGUCGUCAUCAAUUUUGAUUUCCCAAAGAACGCAGAGACGUAUCUCCAUCGCAUUGGCCGUAGUGGUCGCUUUGGCCAUCUUGGCCUAGCCAUUAAUCUGAUCACGUAUGAUGAUCGAUUUAACCUUUACAAAAUUGAGCAGGAGCUGGGAACUGAAAUCCAGGCUAUUCCUCCCGUUAUUGAUAAGCGCCUUUACGUUGCACCUUCGGCGCUCGAUGCUGUCGAACACGAAGAUCAGCAGAAACGCGCUCAACACCAGCAGCAACACCAGCAGCAACAUCAACAACAACAACAACACCAGCAACAACAUCAGCAGUAUCAUCAGCAGCACCAACAGCAGCACCAUCAGAUGGCGCACCAUCAAUACCAGCAGCAGCAGUUUCAGCAACGUCCGCAGCAGCAACAGCGCCGAUAAUUGUCCAG